GUAUGUCUUUCGGAACCACGGCGGUUUGGUGCCUGGGCCUCUGUCCUCUACGCAACAAGCGUAUUGCUGUGCAUCUUGAUCUCCUUUUUUGCCGCGGUUCCGACACUACCGAAAUCCAGGAAGCCCUUCAUGCAGGCCUUGUGGUACGUCGGGCUUGUCGGUUUUGCACCUGCAACAGCAGCCUUCUUCUUGCUCAGCCACCUGGAGCUCAUGUCUGAUCCCUAUGUGGAUUACUUGGAGAAUGUGGCGUUACUCCUUUCGGCCACGGUCCUGCUUUCACUUUGGGUCGGGGCGGCGGAUUCCGUAGGAAGCCUUGGCCUGCAGCCUUUGAAGGAUGGAGGCUGCCAAACUUGGGCGCCUCCGGCAUUUUUGUUGGCCACCAUCACCUUCUUUCUUGUCGUCUACAACCUGACGCACAUCAUCGGAACAGUGGAGCAGUCGGUCGAGCAAGAUCUUUCCUUCUGCCUUCAGGUGAUCUACUGGGUCUUGGUGGUCCUGUGGGUAGCCUCCUGCAUCCGCGUGCUGGUGACAGGUCCGGGCCAACCUGGUGAUGCUACAGAGGGAGGUCGACAAACAAACUCAAAGAGCCUUCUCUUCUGUACCGCAUGCAAAGCUCGGAAACCCCAUCGGUGUCGCCACUGCACCAAGUGCUCAACCUGCGUCUUACGCAUGGACCAUCAUUGUCCCUGGCUUCGACAGUGCAUCGGGUUUGGAAACUACAAGUUCUUCGUGACUUUCAUUGUCUACUCUGCAGUGGCCUUAAUCUUCAAGGCGGUGACGAUGCUGCUGUUCAUGAUUAGGGCCUUCCAGAUAGACGUGUCUUUCUGCACCCGACUUUGGCUGCUCUCAGCCGAAGUGCUCAUGAUCGCCCUCGGGGGCACUAUGGUCGCAUUUGCUGGGUUCCACCUCUUCUUGGUGUCGCGAGGCAUGACGACAAUCGAGUACCUGACCAGGAAUGAGAAGAAUGACAAGAAGCUGAACUUCGAUCAAGGUCUAGUAGGAAAUGUGCAAGCCUCACUCGGUUCGAAUCCGAUGUGCUGGCUUCUUCCAGCCUGUCCGCCAAGCGGAGAUGGCUGUACCUUCCCCUAUACCGUCGUGCCCUCGGAGGAUGCGCACCUUGUCCCGGCGCCGAAGAGAGAUUUGGCGAUCUCCGGCACAGAAGACGCUCGACAGAGCCUGAGAGGUAAUUCAAGGGUGAGUGACACCGUCGGCAACAACCGUGUUUCACAGCCGUGCAUAGAGAGCACUGCAGAACCCACUUGCAUCGAACAGCAGCAAGAUGGGUGCGUUGCAGCAGAGACGGCGGGUGAAGACCAUCUGGACGAUGUGUAG